AUGUUUGCAUAUAUUGUGGAGAAAGUGAAGACUAUAACUCAAAGCUGGAAACAGAAGCAUUUAUCCCAUGGUGGAAAGGAAGUUCUAUUGAAAGCGGUGGCUCUGGCAAUGCCUAUUUAUUCUAUGAACAUCUUUAGAUUACCAAAAGAAAUCUGUGAAGAAAUCAACUCCAUAUUGGCUAGAUUUUGGUGGGGAUCAGGAGAACGUAAAGGGCUCCACUGGUAUGCCUGGAAAAGAGUAAGUGUUCCUAAAAGUGAAGGAGGACUUGGUUUUCGAGAUUUGGAAAUAUUUAACCAAGCGUUACUGAGUAAACAAGUAUGGAGGAUAAUGCAGAACCCUAACUGUCUCAUGACUCGUAUCUUAAAAGCAAGAUACUUCUCAGACGGGGAUAUAUUAAAAACUAAGUUGAAGAGGAAGGCUUCUUAUGCUUGGAAAUCUAUUUUGUAUGGUCGGGAUCUGUUAACAAAAGGAAUGCGAUAUAUUGUGGGAGACGGAUCACAAGUGGAUAUGUGGACUGAUCCUUGGAUACCUGAUCACCCACCGAGGCCACCAAGAGCAGUAGGAGAGGUACAACUUGGGGAGCACGUUAAAGAUUACUUGGACCCAAAUACUAAACAGUGGAAUGAACAGAUGUUAAGACAGUUUGUGAUUGAGGAAGAUGUACAGAAGAUUAUGGCCUUGAAAAUCAGCCCACUGGCUCAACAAGAUCUUUUAGGAUGGCACUAUAAUGAAGAUGGUCUGUAUACAGUCAGAUCAGGUUAUUGGUUAGGAUCUCUGGUUAGGAUCUCAUUUACCUGA